CCAGAAACAGCAACCGCCCGUCCCAAUCGGGCUUAGUGGCGAAGAAAACCCCUCGGAAGCCGCCACGCAAAAUUAUCGUGGUUCACCCGAACUUCUCGUCGAUCUGCUCGCCUUUUUGCUCUUUUUUCCCGACGGCUCGUGGAUACCGCCGUCUCUACCCUGUGCACACGACGGUACUACCUGAGGUGCUUGCGCUGACUGAACUCGGUGAUCGAUCUCAGCAUGGCCCCUGUUAGUUCUCUCAAGAAGAAGCAGUCCAAGGUGUCGAGUGCUGGGAAAGGUGCCCUGCCGUCCACCAGGUCGACCAGCUUUGAUCAGAAUGAUGCGCGCGGGUCGAAGAAGGAUAGGCGGGCGAUGAAGCACUCCAGCUUCGUCACCAAGAUUGAGAAGAACUCGCAAAAGUCGUCCAAGCGUCGACGGGCCUCCAACAAACUGGCCGCCAAUCUGGAGUCGCUGGCCGAUGCGCUCCCAGACACAGAAACGGACCUCCACGACCCCGACAGCCAAGUGAACAUCAUCAAACAGAAGACCCUGAGGCACAAGCCCGGAGCCAUGAAGCGCCGGGAACGACUGGAGAAGUUGGAGCGAGAUCGAUUUGCGAAGAACAUGGCGCAGAUGUCUGGCAUGCAGGCAUCAUCAUCAUCGGCUCCGCCAUCCAGCGCAGCGCCGGAGAAUGAUUCCGGUGCGACCUCGAACCGAUGGGCUGCGUUGCGGGGAUUCAUCUCGCAAACAAUGGAGCAACAACCGGCGUUCCGAGGAAACAAGUGAACUUGGGACGUUGGGAGUGUAUUACCCCAUUCCCCUUGAUAGUUUAUGAUUAGCAUCUAGACUACGUGUAUCCUGAAGACAAACACCCUGGAGGUGUGGAUUCAGGCGUACGAACAACCAGCACUUACACCGUAGACAGUUGGAUUGGGUUGAGCAUCUACUUUGGGUUCCGGGGUGUAUACGUCCGUUCUCUUUGGAGGUAUACGUCCCCGGAGAUGGAGGGAUGGCAGGUCAUUCCUCCAAAAUGCAGUAUGAUCUCCUGGGAUACCUGCUACCAAUCCAUACUCGGCACCUAACCGGCGGGGUUAACACUGUUCAUGCCCCCACAUUCAGAACAAAUGCACCAGCUACAAGAGUCAUGUUUCUUUUAGCUAAUACCAAGUCAAAAUCGACCCCUCGCCUAA